UUUCCCUUGUUGCAGAAGGCUGAGAUUGCUUCGAGGUUUCUCUACUUAGCUCCAGAAGCCAUCUCUAACCCAGACAUGCCAAGAUGAAUACUUCCAAUUUCUGCUCUCUGAAGCACAGUGAUGCUGGCAUAGCUACAAUUGCCUAAGGAAGAUCAAGCUUAACGUUAAAAUAAAUUUGUUUUUUACUGGAAGAACAGCGUUGGUCUGUUUUAUCCACUCUCUUUUUGUUGGACAUUUUAGACGCUCGCAACCUUUCACCAUUACUUCUCAAAGCAAGACGGACUUUCUAGCGCUUGCUUCUCGGAUUUUCCAGAGGAAGCGACUCGUUGCUGCUGUGGUUGGUAUCGUCAUGGUGUUGAUUCUUAUUAUAGCUAUACCGCUACUGGUCCAGAGUUCCAAGACCUCGGCUCACUACGAGAUGAUGGGAACUUGCAGGAUGAUCUGUGAUCCUUACAGUACCAAGCCCAGCAGUACAGCGGGGGAAGUCAUGCAAGAUCUGAGUGCUAUUCCUCCUCCACCGCCUUUUGUUCAGGGGACUAGUAAAGGGGAACCUGGGCGCCCUGGAAAACCGGGUCCCCGGGGUCCACCUGGGGAACCUGGUCCGCCAGGUCCAAAAGGACCUCCCGGAGAAAAGGGGGACUCUGGAAAACCUGGGUUCCCAGGAACAUUGGGUACAGGAGGUACUGAGUCAAGUGCCCUUAGUACAGCAGUAAGUGGCACCAAGAUAGCUUUUUACGUGGGUCUGAAGAGCCCUCACGAAGGAUACGAAGUUCUUAAGUUUGAUGAUGUUGUGACUAACCUGGGAAACCAGUACGACCCAGCAACGGGCAAGUUUACCUGCCACGUAUCUGGGAUCUAUUUCUUUACGUACCAUGUGCUGAUGAGAGGGGGCGAUGGAACCAGUAUGUGGGCAGACCUUUGUAAAAACGGACAGGUCCGCGCCAGUGCUAUUGCCCAGGACGCCGAUCAGAACUACGACUAUGCCAGCAACAGUGCGGUCCUUCACCUAGACUCUGGGGAUGAGAUAUAUGUCAAACUGGACGGAGGGAAAGCACAUGGAGGAAAUAAUAAUAAGUACAGCACUUUCUCUGGUUUCAUUUUAUAUCCCGAUUAAAUAUCUCAAGCCAACGUCUCCACUUUAACAGCUGUCUCUACGGGUCACUAUGCUUUUAAGCUUCAUUUUAUACAUUUCUGUGGAAAACGAAAAGGUGUCAAUUUCUUCCUCUUCCAGCAGAUAGCCAGUAAUAACGACGUAGCCCUUGAGACCAUGUGUUUGAAUGUGACCAUAUUUAGCUUGGCAAUCUGUGGUGUAUUUAUUAAAAAAACAAACAAACAAACAAUCUAAUUAAGAAAGGUAAACGAAUAUAUGGACAAGGUUAUGUUAAUGGAUUUUAUUUAAACGUGUUCUUCUUUAAACAUCCAUUAUUUCAAUAAACUUCAUGUUUUCUAUACUGUGGCUGGUUCCAAUUAUUUAUGUGCAGAAAUAUAACAACGGAAUAUGUCUAGAUCAAGUGAGGGACCAGUGUAUAUUUAAUUAUAAGGCUGGAUAUUAAAAAGAAAAUCGUCAUCUAAAGUUUUACAGCAAAUGUAAUUUUAGCUAAUCAUCACUUAACUGCAGUGUAGCCUAUAAUAAUUUAAAACCUGAAAAACUGAGAUGAUACUGGAAUCCAAAGACAAACUUAACUUAUUGAUAGAUGCUAUUAUCCGUAUGCACACAGAAUUCCAGUUUUUUUUUGUUUUUUUAAUGUGUGUAAUGUACCUGUGAUGCAGAA